AUGUCUGCUCCUCCGUUCAAUGCGCUCACUCUCUACACGGCAGGGACGCCCAACGGGUUGAAACCGGCCAUCGUCCUCGAGGAACUGGGACUCAAAUACGAGGUCCGCGCCAUCAACCUCAUGACCAACGAGCAAAAGGAGCCGUGGUUCCUCGAGAUCAACCCGAAUGGCCGUAUCCCCGCGCUCAAGGAUGGUGACCUCCGCGUCUUCGAGAGCGGUGCCAUCAUGCUGUACCUCGCGGACCUGUAUGACAAGGAGAAGAAGUUCACGUACGAGCACGGCAGUGCGCUCUACUACGAGAUGAUGAGCUGGUUGAUGUUUCAGAUGGGCGGUGUCGGGCCCAUGCAAGGACAAGCCAACCACUUCCGCGCCAUGGCGCCCGUGUAUUCGGCCUACGGCAUCAAGCGCUACCUCGACGAGACCAAGCGCCUGUACGGCGUGCUGGAGAUCCGCCUCUCCAAGGCCGACUGGCUCGCCGGGGACAAGUACACCAUCGCCGACAUUGCAAACUACUCGUGGGUGCGCGCGGGCCCGCUCUUCCUCGACAUCGACAUCACCGAGUUCCCCGGCGUGGAGAAGUGGUUGAAGCGCAUCGAGGAACGGCCCGCCGUGCAGAGGGCCAGAAAGGUCCCCAGCCCCGGCCGGACGGACGAGGAAAUGGCCAAGUUGAUCAAGGACAUGAAGGCCCGCAUGGACUCGUUGAAGGGCACGGAUAAGGACGAGCCGGCGAAGGUCUGA